GUGCAGGGCUAGUGGUUUGUUUUGGCAGCCCUGACUCUGCUUCUGAAAACGAUGACUCGAGUAAUGGCAUUGUUUAACAGUGAGUUGGCACCUUGAUCCUAUGCAGCGUUCCUAACUCUCCAAUAUCUGUGGGUUUUGGUGCAUGAGUCGGCCGGUAAAUGAGCAAAUGGCACAGCCUGCAGGGCAAAAUCUCCUCUUUGCAGUGAUUCUCCUCCUUAAGCACAAGAAAAAGGAAGAGUACAAAGGGAAAGGGACAAGUGGGAAUAAAGCAUGACAGGGACAAAGAGGAAAAAGAAGAAUGCUAUCUGGAGGAAGAUUCCCGCACUUCGCUAUGAAGACUUCAGACGGUGGUGUGUAAAGAGGCUGCCUGUUUUGGAGUGGGCACAAAACUACAAUUGGAAAACAGACUUGGUCCCUGAUACAGUUUCUGGAAUGAUGCUGGCAAUUCAACAGGUGACACAAGGACUUGCCUUUGCUGUUCUGUCUUCAGUGCAUCCCGUGUUCGGCUUAUAUGGAUCUCUCUUCCCUGUUAUUAUUUAUGCCAUAUUUGGAAUGGGCCGUCACGUUGCCACAGGAACAUUUGCUCUGACUUCCUUGAUAUCCGCCAAUGCUGUUGAACGCCUUGUGCCUCCCAGGAACAGCAGUUUCACAACAGACAACACAUCUGUUGUCUUGGGUUUGUCUGAGUUUGAGAUGCAGAGAAUUGGAGUUGCUGCAGCAGUUUCAUUCUUAGGAGGACUCAUCCAAGUAGCCGUGUUUGUGCUGCACCUGGGCAGUGCUACCUUCUUGCUGACAGAGCCAGUGAUAAGCGCAAUGACAACAGGAGCCGCCACACAUGUUGUGACCUCACAAGUGAAGUACCUCUUGGGGAUGAAAAUGCCUUACAUCUCGGGACCCCUGGGAUUCUUUUAUAUUUAUGCGUACAUCUUUGAAAAUAUCAAAUCCAUUCAGGUGGAGGCCUUGUUAUUGUCAGUGCUGAGCAUUGCCAUCCUCGUCCUUGUUAAAGAGCUGAAUGAAAAAUAUAAAAGAAAAAUUAAAGUAGUUCUUCCCAUUGAUUUGGUAUUGAUAAUUGCUACUUCUGUUGCCAGCUAUUCUGCUGAUAUGGAGCACAAUUAUCGUCUAGAAGUUGUGGGACAUAUUCCAGAAGGCAUUCCCCCACCACAGUCUCCGCCCAUGGAUAUCCUCUCAGAAGUAGUCACAGAAGCAUUUGGAGUUGCUUUAGUUGGUUAUGUUGCAUCACUAGCCCUUGCCCAGGCCUCAGCUAAGAAGUUCAACUACUCUGUGGAUGACAACCAGGAGUUCUUGGCUCACGGCCUCAGCAAUGUGAUCCCUUCGUUUUUUUUCUGCAUUCCAAGUGCCGCAGCCAUGGGACGGACCGCGCUCCUGUACAGCACAGGAGCAAAAACCCAGGUGGCUUGUCUAAUAUCCUGCAUACUGGUGCUUGUGGUCAUCUAUGCAGUAGGACCAAUGUUAUACUGGCUGCCCAUGUGUGUCCUAGCAAGUAUCAUUGUAGUGGGGCUGAAGGGGAUGCUCAUGCAGUUCCGUGAUUUAAAGAAAUACUGGAACGUGGAUAAAAUAGACUGGAGUAUAUGGGUGAGCACCUAUGUGUUUACAAUUUGCUUUGCUGCUAAUGUGGGACUGUUGUAUGGGGUCGUCUGCACAAUACUUAUCGUGGUUUUUCGUUUUCCGAGAGCGACAACCUUGAGCCUGAAACACAUGAAAGAAAUGGAAUGCAGACUCAAAACAGAAGCAGAUUCUGAGUCUUUGCAGCAAGUAAAAAUAGUGUCAGUGAAUAACCCUCUCGUCUUUCUGAAUGCUAAGAAGUUUCACUCAGAUAUAUUAAAAAUAAUCCAGAAAGAGAGCACAUGUGCGCAGCAGCUAUUUGAAGAUAUAAACAAGUGUGAACAAAACACUUUGCACAAUCCAUUAUCCAAUGGAAAUUGUCACGGAGAGUCAUCGUUACAGCAGCGUUCCAGUGAAAGACAUACCAUAGUACUUGACUGCAGUGGUUUGACGUUCUUUGACUUCACUGGUAUCUCUGUGCUUACCCAGAUUUACAUGGACUCCAAAAAAAGGAAUAUUGAUAUUGUCCUGGCAAACUGCAAAGCUUCUCUUAUAAAGGCACUGAAGCACAGCAGAAGGCUAGAAUCUGACAGUGGUGUCUUCUUUGAGUCGGUUUCUUCAGCUGUGGAUGCUAUUCAGUUUAACAGGAAUUUCUGCAAGCUUAAUGAACACACUGAAGUCUGAUGCUAGCCUGAUACAUAAACAUAUAUAUUGGUCGAGCUGCUCACCUAAAAAAAAAGGAACUAUACCAAAGUAUUUCUACAGCAGUUUAAAACUGGGAUUUUGUUGGCGAUCAUUUGUAUGCUGAAUGUGUUCAACAAUACCAGCAGCAACAGUGUUUAUUUUUAUUAUUCCUGAAGAUUCCUCUCUGACUUCCCAUCAAUGAGAGAUAUUUUUAAAGCAGCCUGGAUUGUUCUUUGGUGUUUUCAUAUUUUUGUAAGCAUUUAAAUUCAAAAAAGGAAAAGAAAAUAGAAAGCAAUUUGAAAUAUUACAGUAAUCUAUAUUGUUUAGCUCUGUUUUAUUAUGACUUACUUGUAUCAUUUUAUGCACAGGUGAAUACCACACUGUUAAAAAAAUUUGGAUAGUAUCUGAUCCAAGAUCUGUAGCUUGUUACACACAAACACAAGCUGUGAUAGAAGACCAAUUAGUUUUUAUUAAAUACCCAAUAUAUGCAUUAGAGCAAUCAUACCAUGUACCUUUCACAUUCUGUCAAAGCUCCUGAGAACAUGGCUCAUAUUGAAUACUGUCUGCAUGCUUCACUAUCUUAUUUAUCUUCUCAUGAGUUUAGAAAGUUGUUUCCCCAAAGGGCCAGCGUUGUCUGC